UGCGACUCUUUAGAAUACAGGAAUGUAAAUUUAAAAAAUCAAAUCGCAAAGAAUUUUCCUAUAACUACAAAUGUGUGGUUAAAAUAAUCAAUCGUUUCAUAUUCAUUGCUUCUUGGGUUAUUUCAAAAGCUUUAAAAUUUUUAAAAAGCUUUGAAGAAACAGCUGUUUCACGUAACUUUCAAAAAUUUUUAACAAUAAUAUUGAUAUUAUUGUAAAAACAGUCUUACUAUAAUAAUAGAGUCCCAACUUUUACUGAAAUUUUGCAAGUGGUUGCGAGGUGUACUGCAAGAAGUUAGUUCAGAAAUUUAAACGCACACACGUACAUGCACAUGUACGAUACAAAACAAAAAAAAAAAUAAUGUUCUCUAAUAAGGUUUAUCAUAACAGUACAAAUAAAAUUAACAAAUAUGAAAAUUCAGAGGGACCCCUUUUACCAAUAAUCUACUCAAAAAGAUAUGGUGUUCAUUUCUGUGGACUCCAAAAAUUACAUCCCUUUGAUGCUGAAAAAGGCCAUCACAUAAUGAAGUUCCUUAAAGAAGAAAAAUUUUUAAGUGAAGAAGAUGUUCAGGUUCCCAAUGAAAUUGAAAAAAAAGAUUUGUUGAAAGUUCACACGAAAAAAUAUUUGAAAAGUUUGAAAUGGAGUUGGAAUGUUGCCAAAAUCGCUGAAAUUCCCCUUUUAGUUUUUGUACCAAAUUCAUUUGUGCAAAAUGGCUAUUUACGUCCAAUGAGGUUUCAGACAGCAGGUUCAAUUUUGGCAGGUAAAUUAGCUCUUCAGUACGGAUGGUCGAUAAAUUUAGGUGGUGGAUUUCACCAUUGUUCUGCAGAUAAAGGUGGAGGGUUCUGCCCAUAUGCAGAUAUAACAUUACUUAUAAGAAAUUUAUUAGAACAAGAAGAUAAACUUGUUAAAAAUGUUAUGAUAAUUGAUUUAGAUGCACAUCAAGGAAAUGGACACGAACGAGAUUUUAUAAAUAAUGCCAAUAUUUACAUUUUGGAUAUGUAUAAUGCAGCAAUAUAUCCAAGAGAUCAUCCAGCAAAGUUGGCUAUACGAUGUGCCGUUGAAUUGAAACCCAGAACUCCUGAUAAAUAUUAUUUAAACAAAUUGAAAAAAUCGUUGAAUACGUCCUUUAAUGAAUUUCAACCAGAUUUAAUAGUCUAUAACGCUGGAACUGAUGUUUUGCAAAAUGAUCCAUUAGGUCUUUUAGAUAUAACACCUGAGGGUGUGAUUGAGCGCGAUGAAAUUGUUUUUUCGACUGCAAUUAGUAAAAAUGUUCCAAUUGCAAUGUUAUUAAGUGGUGGUUAUUUGAAAAGGUCUGCUAAAGUGAUUGCCGAUUCUAUAUUAAAUUUAAAAAAUAAAAAUUUACUUAUUCAAAGAGUACACAACUAGUCAAGUUUUAAUAUCUAAAAUGGGUUUGAUAACCAAAAAUGAUAUUUUUUAAAUAUUUAAAUGUAGUUCUAACUUUAUACUUAAAAUUUAUCAAAUCUAUAUUAAAUUUAAUAUAAAACAGGAAUACUUAAACAAAUUAGGUACCUUUAUGCUUUGAAAGAGAUUUAUAUAUGCUAAUGUGAAUUGCCAAAAUAGUUCUUUGAUAAUAAAGAAUAUUUGAAAGUAGCGAACAUUUCGCAGAAAUUGAGUGUAGUAAUAAAACUUAUAAACCAUGUAUUUUUAAUAAGGAUUUAUAUAUGGAUAUGUAUGUGUAUAAAUAAUUUUUAAUUAAUAUAUAUAUAUUUAUAUAUAAGCAUAUGCAUAUGUGGACACAUAUGUAUUAAUAUAUAUUUAUUAAUUAUUUUUUAAAAAUAAGGAAGUUUUGAAAUUAGUCUAUAUAAUUUUUUAUAUUCUAUACUUUAAAUAAUUUAUUUUUUAUUUCUAAACUUAAUUUGUCUUAGUUUUUUAAUGUACCUGCUGCAUUAUAAAUUUAAAUAAAAUAAUUAAAUUUGUGCCAAAACGCAAAAUCCAAUUCUCGGCCUAGCAAAAAAAUCUAAUAAAAACUACCUAUU